UGAGCUUGAAGCUUCCCUCCAUCUCGUGCUGGAAACAUUGGCCUCACCACACUACUAACACUAGCCAUGGCCUCACCACAACCCCACUCGCGCUCCAACACGCCCAGCAUUGCCCCCCCAAUGCGACGCCCGCUGGAGGAAGACCAUGCCCCCGCUGUCUCGUCCCCGCUCAAUCCCAAUCCAGACCCCAGUGCUCGCGCGCGUCCCAAAGCUCCCCAGCGCGAGCAGCGAGAGAAGCGAGAGACGUUGAAAAAGAGAGAAGCGUCAGCUCAUACGCGCGGAAGCACCCCCAACCCCAAGAACAAGCAGGACCCGGCCUCGGCCCCCUCCCCCAUGCGCUACUCCAUUCCAGAACCCAAGUACGCCGACUAUGAUCCUCCCAAGGACGGCCUCUUCGCCUCCCAUGAACCUCUGCCGAUAUUUGCCCCCGAUGGCAUAACGGAACUCAGGAAACCCAUCGAUCAUGCUUGGAAUAAGAAGGGCUACAAGUACACGCAUUGUGUGGCCGACCCCUACUUUCGACACAAGCAAUUCUAUCGACAGAGCGAUUCUAGGCCUUAUGGACCUCGGAUGAGCCAUGAGGAUUCCGACAAGUCAUUUCAUUUUGACGACAGCGGCACUGUAUUCACUACCGAGAAGGGCUGGAGGAUGGGGAGGGGGAAUGUGGUCGCACGAGAAGGUCGCAUGUAUUACGAGGUGAAGAUUCUAAAAGGUAUACCGAUCGAAGGACCGCCUCCCGGUGGUGAGACUGUGCCUGGGCCGCACAUUCGAAUGGGCUGGGCAAGGAGAGAGGCACCCCUCGACGCACCAGUGGGAUAUGACGGCUAUAGCUAUGGCAUCACCGACUCGAGGUUCGAGACGAUACACCGGUCGCGGCCAAACAAGAUCUUCAAGCCCCUUCCAAAGGGCGCAAAGAGUAAGCACGCGAAGGCAAGGCCGCCUCAUGGCAGGCCGAUGCCAGUCGAGCUCAUUACCGACCAACAUGUCCAUGAGGGUGAUGUCAUUGGCCUGGAGAUCCAGCUCCCCUCGCUCUCUCUUCAUCGAAAAGUCGUCGAAGGAAUCUACAACCCGGCUGUUGAUGUUGGCGAUGGAUUUGAUGCCGUCGCCUCUGUCAAAGAUCCCCUGAAUAUCGACAAACCCCUCGACAUCAUCCGAGACCGCAUUCCGGUCCCUUACAAAGGCAACUUUUACUUCGAACAGCUCGACUACACCUGCACCAAAUCUGUAGAGGCUUAUCAUGACCGCGGUCCCGUUCCUAAGAUCAAUCCCUCUCCAAAUCACGAGGAUGUCGGUCUGCGAUCUCUUCCCAACUCACACGUCAAAGUCUACAAGAACGGAAAGGAGGUCGGUAUCGCUUUUGAAAACAUCCUCGCUUUUCUACCUCCGGCCAGCGCACCAGCCACGCAACCUGGAGCCCGGCCCGGCUACGACGAUGGUAUGGUUGGCUACUUCCCCGCUAUUUCCGCUUUCAACGGCGGAAUCUGCCAAGUCAAUUUCGGCCCCGAUCUCUGGUGUCCACCAGACGAGAUGCUCAUCCAGCGCGAGAAGGACACUGAAAUGUUUGGCAGUAGCACCUCGGAACCACCAAUCUCAGAAGGCAGAAAACUCCGCGCCAUCGGCGAACGGUUUAAGGAGCAGAUUGCGGAGGAUGUGGUGUGGGAUAUUAUUGAUGAGGUGGACUUCUUUACCCAAGAUGGGGCUUGGGAGUACAAGGGAGAUGCGUUGGGUGUCACGGAGGGGAAGUCCACACCCAAGGCUAGGGGCUUUGCGAAUCCGGAUGAUAAUUUGGGUGUUGAGGUUGGGAAGAGAUAUUGAGACGAAAUGCUUUGGGAUGGACGUCCGACUCCGUGUACAACUGCCACUGUCUAAGGGGUUUGACAUCUAUCUAAUAGCAACCAUGUUUGACCAUGAUCGCUAGCCUUCGAAUUCAAGCAGAAUCGAAAUCAAGUCGGUCUAGCAGCGAAGCAUUCCUGUC